GACAUUGUCUAAGAUGUUUGGAUAAGAUGGAAAGAGUAGCCGAAAAACUAUCUUUUUCACUAGCAGUGAUCCGGUCUGUUAUAGUUAUUACGGUAUUGCGGCAUUAUGGGAUUGGUGAGAGCUGCAUGUGUAGUUCUUUCUAGGAGAAUUUCAACCAUGGCACAACACAAAUUAAUUGACAUCGGGGUGAAUCUGACAGAUCCCAUGUUCAGAGGACUCUACAGAGGGAAGCAGAAACAUGACGAUGACUUCAAUGAGAUCAUUGCCCGAGCUCUCAAAGUAGGAGUUGAAAAGUUUAUGAUCACAGGGGGGAGCCUUGAAGACAGCAGGGAAGCUCUUAAACUAGCUGAGACCAGAGAUGAGUUCUACUGCACGGUCGGCUGCCAUCCCACCCGCUGCGGCGAGUUUGAGCAGAAUGGAGAAUCCCAGUAUUUAACUGGGCUGAGGGAGCUGGCAGCAGCACACAGAGGAAAGGUGGUGGCCAUCGGAGAGUGUGGACUGGAUUUUGACAGGCUGGAAUUUUGCCCAAAAGAAACUCAGCUCAAAUACUUUGAGAAGCAGUUUGACCUGGCGGAGGAGACCAAGCUGCCCAUGUUCCUCCACUGCAGGAACUCCCAUCAGGAGUUCAUCGACAUCAUGAAGAGAAAUCGAGACCGAUGUGUUGGAGGAGUGGUCCACUCGUUUGAUGGAACUGCAGAAGACGCUGCUGCUCUCAUAGACCUCGACCUCUAUAUUGGAAUAAAUGGAUGGUGGGAUAAUCUGAGAAAUGUUGUUCGUCUCACUUCCAUAUCUUUCAGUUCCUUGAAAACAGAGGCCAAUAUUGAAGCUAUGAAGUCGAUCCCCACAGAGAGGCUCAUGAUAGAAACAGAUGCCCCGUGGUGUGGUGUGAAGAACACUCAUGCCGGGUCCAAAUAUGUUAAAACUACAUUUCCCACAAAGAAGAAGUGGGAGGCAGGACACUGCCUGAAGGACCGGAAUGAGCCCUGUCAUAUCAUACAAGUCCUGGAGGUGAUGGCAGCGGCGAGGGAGGAGGAUCCACUGGAGCUGGGCAACACAAUCUACAACAACACUGUCAAAGUCUUCUUCCGCUCAAGCUGAUAAUAAGUGACAUCAUCAGACUCACCGAUGUGUCAUUAAUAUUCUUUUAUGAAUCGGUUUGUGCGCCUCAGGACAAACCACUUAUACUGUUAUAUUAUUUGUGUUUACAGUCCUCUGUUAAUGCAAAAUAAACAUAAUUUUUUUUCAUAAG